AUGGCCUACUUCUUCGCAACCCCCGUCGACAUCGACAUUGUGCUCGAGGAUGCCGACGACCGCUCCAUGGUCGAUGUGAAGCUCGACAAGAACCGCCGCGAGAAGGCCCCGUUGUACAUGGAUGGGGAGUCUGUCAAGGGCGCCGUCACGAUCAGGCCAAAGGAUGGCAAGCGAUUGGAACACACGGGCAUCAAGGUCCAAUUCAUCGGAACCAUAGAGAUGUUCUUCGACCGCGGCAAUCACUACGAAUUCCUCUCGCUCGUCCAGGAGCUCGCCGCCCCUGGCGAGCUGCAGCACCCGCAGACCUUCGACUUCAACUUCAAGAAUGUUGAGAAGCAGUACGAGUCGUACAACGGCAUCAACGUCAAGCUGCGCUACUUCACACGCGUCACCGUCUCGCGCCGCAUGGCCGAUGUCAUCCGAGAGAAGGACAUUUGGGUCUACAGCUACCGCAUCCCCCCCGAGAUGAACUCUUCCAUCAAGAUGGACGUUGGCAUCGAAGACUGCUUGCACAUUGAGUUUGAGUACUCAAAGAGCAAGUAUCAUCUCAAAGACGUCAUUGUUGGGAGGAUAUACUUCCUUCUCGUCAGGCUGAAGAUCAAGCACAUGGAGCUGUCCAUCAUCCGACGGGAGACGACGGGCGCUGCGCCCAACCAAUACAACGAGAGCGAGACGCUGGUUCGCUUCGAGAUCAUGGACGGCUCGCCAUCCCGAGGAGAGACCAUCCCGAUCCGUUUGUUCCUCGGCGGCUUCGACCUGACGCCUACCUUCCGAGACGUCAACAAGAAGUUCUCCACAAGAUAUUACCUCAGCCUAGUGUUGAUCGAUGAGGAUGCGCGACGAUACUUCAAGCAGUCCGAGAUUAUCCUGUACCGCCAGGCGCCCGACGCUAUCGCGCCCGCGCAGUCACAGAUCACAGCUUCGGCUCCGGACAACAGCAGCAAGAUCAUGCCAGGACCGCCGGCAUGA